AUGUCUGCAUAUGUCUCGUUAAAGUUCAGAAUUGGAGACUUUAACACCAGCACACGCACCAUUACGCCCUCACAAUCACACACCCUCAACAUCACACCCUCACAACCACACAUCCUCAACAUCACACCCUCACAACCACACAUCCUCAACAUCACACCCUCACCACCACACACACUCACCAACACACCCUCAACAGGCCACAUCACCCUGACCACACCAACAUCACCCGCACAACACAACACCGCACCAAAAACACCCGCACAACCACACAAACCGGCACCAGCACACACACCAACCAGACACCCCACCACCCACCCGCACAACACACACCCGCACCAACAACACCCGCAACCAACACACCCCACAGACACCCCGCACAACCACACCCGCACCACCAGUCAAACACAACCCUCAAACCAACACCCUCACAACAACACAACACCACCACAACCGCAACACACCACACCCAAUACAACACACACAAACAAAACCCUCACAACCACACACCCGUCACAACAAACAACCCACAACCACCAGCAAGCCCUCACACACCACCCUACAAACCACACACCGCACCCACACACCGCACAACGACACAAGCUCACAACAAGACAAUCCGACAACCACACACACCGCACAACCACACACCGCACCACCAAAAGCACACUAACACCAACACCGCACCCCAACACACCCCCACAACCACACACCCUCACAACCACACCCUCACAACUACACACUCUCACCAACACACCUCACAACCACACACCCCACAACCACACACCCUCACCAUCACACCCUCACAACCACACACCCUCACCAACACACCCUCACAACCACACACCCUCACCAACACACCCUCAUAGCCACACACCCUCACAACCACACCCUCACAACCACACACUCACAACCACAUCAUUACACUCUCACAACCACACACCCUCACACUCUCACGACACACCCUCACAACCACACCAUCACAACCACACACCCUCACCAACACACCCUCACAACCACACACCCUCACCACCACACACCCUCACAACCACACACCCACAACCACACACCCUCACCAACCACCACACCCACCACCAACACAACACCCAGCAACCACACACCCUCACACCAACCAACCACAAAAAAACUACAACGAACACCACCACAACAACAACCAUACACAAAAACACUAACUCGCAAACAACACACAACCAACAAACACCACAACAACAAAACCACAACCACAACACUCAGAACCAAAACACGACACAAGGACACCAACACCCCACAACCACAACCAGAACACAACCCAACACAAAACGGCACACCAAACACCCACAACCACACACGCCGAACAAACCACACACCAGACUUACCACACGACCACAACAGACAACCCACACCCGCACGACCAUCCCCACACACACCACCGCCCAGCACACCGGGAAGAACCACACACCCGCACAACACACACCGCACACCAAGCACACACCAGCACACCCGCACAUCACAACAGAAUACCAAAACCACACCACCACCGCUACACCAAAACCCGCACAACACACCUCAACAUCACAACCCAAGAACACACACCCCACAACCAAACACCCAUCACACCCCAAACCUCACCACACACCCUCACAACCACACCCUCACAACUACACACCCUCACCAACACACCUCACAACCACACACCCUCACAACCACACACCCUCACAACCACACACCCUCACCCACACCCUCACAACCAUACACCCUCACAACCACAACCUCACAACCACAUACCCUCACCAACACACCCUCACAACCACACCCCCACAACCACACACCAUCACCAACACACCAUCAGACUCUCACAACCACACACCCUCACACUCUCACAGCCACACAACCAUAGACCAUCAUCAACACACCACCACACUCUCACAACCACACACCCUCACCAUCGCACCCCACAACCACACACCCUCACCACCACACCCUCAUAACCACACACCCUCACAACACACCCUCAUAACCCACCCCCCCCCCCCCGUGUUUAGACUUUUAUAA